GCGGAGCCCUCUGCACUGAGUUAGAGUUCAGGCUGACUUCCUGCUCUCAGCUGUGGGCCACAACUCAGGGUCUGGAAGCCUGUGAAGAGACCAAGGAUCAGAGCUCACCCUCCCGUGACCCUGGCAGGAGUUGAGAGACAGAAGGUGGCAGAUUCAGCAACAGCAUGUCCACAGGACACGAGAACACAGAAUCUAUAUUCCAGCUCUUCAGAGUACUUAAAUUGGAAAUUUCAGAUGCAAUAAAAGAUUUAUUUCCUUUUCUAGAGGUCCUCCGUGACAAUAAUGUCAUCAGCAAUAAACAGUAUGACGAUUUUCAAGAAUCCCGUGGAAACCUGAUCCCUGUACAAAAAGUGGUCUACAAAGUCUUGAAAGAACUGGAAGAGAAAAAUGACCUGGAGGCUCUAGGGUUAUUGUUCUGUAAGCAAAAUAUGAAGGCAUACCCUGAUUUGGAACACAUUUUAAAAAGAUUUAAAAAUGUUUUACCACAGAACAAAUUUUUGUCCAAAGAAAUUGAUAGAAGAGACCGGAACUCACAGCUCAGUGUUGAACAAGGACCUGGUGACAGCUGCUCUCAAGAAAGCCUGACCUGGUCACCCUCAGAUCCCUCCUCAUCUGAUGGCUGGAGAAGUACCCAGGGAACCCAAACUGAGAAUCGCCAAUUCUCCAUCCCUCAGAUUCACAGUGUUGUGAGUUUAUCUGAAAAUGGACUCUCAGAAGACCUCUAUGAAAUAGUAGACAUGAAAGAAAAUACCACCGGCGAUGACACUGAUGGACUGCAAUGGCCCCAAGCAGCCAGACCGCCAGGCCCAGGUUCUAAGCCAGAGGAGUCCUGUGAACUAAAAGUCCAACUGAGUGGCAGAGAUGCAGGCCUGGAGCCUCACAUACCAUUGCCCCGGAGCAACGAAAGAUCAGCGAUACCCAGCCAUGGGCUCCACACUAGCCCCUGUUCUGUGCCUAUGGAAAAUAUAAAGCAAGAAAAUUCUUCAUUUUUUUUGGAUGAUGAACAUCAGACCCAUGCAAGGACCGACCACAAUCAAGCCUCUGAGAUAAUAGACCUUACCAGAGAUAAUUCUGAUGAUGGACCCAGAUGCUCAGAGGAAUCCACCUCAGUCACCGGCCAGUCAACUUACACGGAGAGACGUACCAACAGAUCUUCACGAAGAGGCAGAAAACGAGGUCCAAGAAUUCACAAACAAAAAGAUGUGGAUUUUAGCCUUCCUGAGCUUCCAGUGACCUGUGGUAAUGCUAAGGGGACUCUGUAUAAGGAGAAAUUUAAGAAAGGCAUAUAUGAGAAGAGUAUACGGAGUGAGACUGGACGUUGGUUGACUCCCAAGGACUUUGAAUUCAAAGGAGGUCGCAAAAACUCCAAGAACUGGAGGCAAAGCCUGCGUUGCUAUGGAUGGACCCUGAAAGAGUUGAUAAAGAAAGAAUUGCUGCCGAACCCACAAAGGAAAAAGGAAAAGUCCCCCUCCCUCGUCAGCCCAAAGAGCAAUCAGGGCUCUCCGUCCCGUGGGAAGUCCAAGGAAAAACCUCCUCCGUCCAGGUCUCGUAAGCUGGAAAAUUCAAGACAUUGUAUGGUGUGCGGCGGGCGACGGAGAUUGCGCCCUUGUGUUAGUUGUAGAAAAUUCUAUCAUAAGAAUUGCCACAUCCCACCUGUGGAAGACAAGAGUGACCCUUGGAGUUGUGUCAUCUGCAAGAUAAAGGAUCAGGCAAAGUGCCAAGAAAAUCAAGCAUGCCAUAGGGAAUCUGAGGUCCUGAAGAGGAAGAUGUUGCCUGAGGAGCAGCUGAAAUGUGAGCUGCUGCUCUUGACUGUCUAUUGCCAUUCAAAAAGUGUCUUUUUUAAACUCAAACCAAAGCAAAGGAAAGAAGACUUUCCAGCCCUCCAGAAACAUAUGUGGUUAGAAAAAAUCAAGAACAAGCUGAACAAGAAGGCAUACCACUCGGUACAACAUUUUGUUGCAGACAUGCGCCUCAUCUUUCAGAACCACAGCAUAUUUUACAAAAGUCACAGGAUCAGCAACCUUGGAGUCAAAGUAGGAAGUCUAUUUGAGGAGACUUUCAAAAGAAUUUUUUCAAUCCAAGUGUACAUCACAAUGUUGAGCUGUCAGGUGCUGAGGGAGCCCACUGAGAAGGUGACUCUGGAAGCAGGAAUGUACCCCUCCCCAAUUUUAAACCCAAGUAUGCUGCCCCAAAUGUCUCCAAAGCAGCUUUUCUAAGGAUGACCUGGCCCUUUGAACCAGUGACUGAGUGGAGAUACCAACAAAAUAGACCAAAUGUGAAAACAGUGUCCUUGAGAAGAACUAGAAGGGGAACCAUGGCAAACAGAUAUUACAGUUGUUUAUCCUAUGUAAAAUGGAAAGGAGAAGCCAGAGAGAAAACUCAGCUGGGAACUGUGGCUGACUGCUCAGCUUCCACAGACAGUUUCUGCUGACUGCCAUGCGCAUCCAAUUUGAUGAUGUUGUCUCUCUGUUGCUGUUUAUUCUUCAACCUGGAAGCCUCACCAAAUGCUAACUCUGGUCUGCCCUGGACUCCACUGGAAACUCCAGACCCCACCCUCACCAAUUCUACAGACAUCCCCAGUCAGUUCCCCCUGGAUAUUCCAAGUACAUGAUGAGCAAUGAUUUGUUGUUUUUCUCUUUGGCUUGUUACAUACUUAAUAAACUCAUUCAAAACUCAAA